CACCCAAUGCCCCCUGCUACAGUGAGCAAGUCGCCCUCCUCUACAGAAACACCCUCAUCACCAAGCAAUGCAAGCAAGUCCCUAAGUCUCCGCACCCUUUGGUCCGACACCCAAUCCAGCCUAACCCGCCUCCUCCGCGCCAACCUCCGUAGCGGGCCCCCUUCCUCGGGGAAAUCCACCGCCUCCGGGUCCGACAGCCCGGUCCGCUUCGAAAUCAGCCUACCCCGACAACCGGGACGCCCCAUCCCGCGACGCUGUCCUAAGGGCAUCUUCGUCGCCAUCGUUUGCCCGCCCGUGGCUGUCUACCGCGUAGACCGCGAACUGAAUGCGAGGGUUUGGCUUACGGUGGCGCUGACUCUGUCAGGAUGGCUUCCCGGCGUGGCCUGUAAGUGCAGACAGACGGGAGGGGGCAGAGACUGUAGUCGAUGGGAAGACGGCACUGACAAAUAGGGUUGGGUGGGGGACGACAGACGCGCUUUUGACUGUUCCCGCGUGCCCGGAUUCGCCGUAUUACUGGCAUACCGCCGAGAGAUCCAGCUCGGCCGCGGCCAAGAGUUCCGAGAAGGCGCUCUACGCAGCCGUCAAGAAAACUGAUCCGUUGGGUCGCGUGAGGGGGGAAAAAGGGGGGGGGCAAUGGAAAGCAAGUCCGAACGGAAGCUGAACCGAAGCGCUGGCAGGGUCCGUAUGCCAGUCACAUCUGAACACGCUGGACUAGCAUAGACAACGACCCGAGGGAACGCAGAGUGCAAAAAAAGAAGAAGAAAAGAUGGAGAGAGAAGACGAG